AGAGUGAGAGAGCCACUUAUUGCCGCCUUUUUCUUUAAUUCCACUGAAAGAAAAGGCAAAGGAAAAGUAGAAACUUGUGGACAAACCCACCCAUUAUUCUCACUCUCACUCUGCUUCCAAAUGAAAUGGAUCGGGUCUUCAUCUCCGCCACCAUUCUCUCUCUCCUUUUCACCUUCUUUCUCGUCAUCUCAGAGGUACACUCAACAUCGUUCACGAUAAUCAACAAGUGUCGGCGCACGGUAUGGCCCGGAAUACUAACGGGCGCCGAUAGGCCUGUACUCACCCCCACCGGCUUCACCCUCAAGAGCGGCAAAUCCAAGACCCUCUCCGUUCCCCACGCCUGGUCGGGUCGGUUAUGGGGUCGGACCCACUGCUCCCGAGACUCCACCGGCAAGUUCUCUUGCGUCACCGGCGAUUGCGGUUCCGGCAAGAUAGAGUGCGCCGGGAGUGGCGCAAUACCCCCCGCCACCCUCGCCGAGUUCACGCUUAACGGCGAUCAAGGGCUGGACUUCUAUGACGUCAGCCUGGUGGAUGGGUACAACCUCCCGAUGCUGGUGGUGGCCAAGGGAGGUACAAGAGGGGGAUGCAGCUCCACCGGGUGUUUGGUGGAUCUGAACGGGGUUUGCCCGGCGGGGCUGAGGGUGGCGCGUGGAAAUGGGAGUGCGAGCGUCGCGUGCAAGAGCGCGUGCGAGGCGUUUGGUGAUCCCCAGUAUUGUUGUAGUGGUGCGUACUCUACGCCGGACACGUGUCCACCGUCGCCGUAUUCGGUGUUCUUCAAGCACGCGUGCCCACGUUCGUAUAGCUAUGCUUACGAUGACAAGACCAGCACCUUCACUUGUGCGGGCGCGGACUACAUUAUCAUUUUCUGCCCCUCACCUUUCACGAGCCAAAAAUUGCUGGGAGCAAGAAGGGAAGUAGCAGAGCUGCCACUAGUUAAUAAAACAAUGAUGUAUAUUCAUGGGAGCAGUGUUUCACCACCAGGUUCUGUUCCAGUACAAAUUGUGGCCUGUGCUGUCUCUGUUCUAGCAGCAAUAUUGCAGUUUUGGCUGCUUCUAUAACUCCCUAUCACUAACACUGGUGGACAGUUUCAGGCUGAUUCACCAAAAAAUGCAGAUGAAGGAAGAAUGGGUUUCAUCUUUUGAGCUUUAUUGCUGUCCUAGUUCCCUCAUUCACUUGACCAAGGAUUCUACAUACUGUGGGAUCAGAAAAAUUCCUUCAAGUAACUCUGUAAAUAUCUUGUUUGCUGCUUUUUUUUUUUUUUUUUUUCUACCUCUUCAGAUUUACUGUUUGUCUAUCUUGCCCACAAUUUCAAUGUAUAGGAGAUUCAAUUAGUUAGAAUUAUAAUUAGAAAAUCUGUUGGUCUUCGGGAUUUUUGAUGUUGCUGAACCCCACCAAAUAUUCCACUUCCACCACGGUAGACGGGAGAUCUUACGAAGUUUCAGUUUACCCAGGUACACACACUACUCCAUGAAGUUGAACAACUUAUCCUUAGACAUGUUCUCCAUCUCUAACGUCAGAGAACUGAAAUAUAUCAUGUACUAUUGCAUAAAACCUCAUGUUUUGACUCUUCUCAACU